UAUUCCCUCAGUCCACCCCAGACAGCCCCAGAGAUCAGUGGUCUCAGUGCCUCUCUGCACAGCACAACACCAAAACCAGGACGAUGCUGAUCAGACUUGUCUUAUUACUGGUCUGCCAGGUUUCUUUGUAUAACCUUGUGACUUCUAGCAAAGUGUGUGGUCGCCCCCCGAAGGUAGCGAACGCACAUGUCCAGGAUGAGAUUCAAGUGUAUGAGCCCGGACAGGAGAUAGUCUAUCAGUGCAACACCGGGUACAAAAUGACUGCUGGUUCAAGAAAGAACAUCUGCAAAGCUACUGGAACAUGGCCCAAUCCGACCAUAAAGUGCUCACCAAAAAUGUGUUCGUAUCCUGGACCCUUGGUAAAUGGGCAUGUACUUUUCUCAAGCCUAGAUUUUCAGGCCACUAUCAACUUUACCUGCCAAGAAGGGUACAUCCUCCACGGACACAAUAAUAGUGAAUGUCAGCAUGACAGCACAUGGAGCAACCCCCUACCUGUCUGCCAACCUGUGACCUGUAGUCUCCCUGAAACACCCAGACACGGACUGAUAAAACAUCACACCAAGUUAACAGGAAACACAACACACUACGGUGACACUGUGGGGUACGAGUGCUCCUCCCCACAUGUCCUCUUUGGGAAUGAAGUUGGCUUUUGUCAGGCCAAUGGCAACUGGACAGACACUCCAGAGUGCAAGCUGGUGACAUGCCCACCCCCAACCGACAUUGAGAACGGCUUCAUGUCUUUCGCUAUUUUGAGAAACCAUGGCUAUGGAGAGAAGAUAAGGUAUGGGUGCCACCCAAAUUAUGUCCUGGAUGGUUCGAUGGAAAUCCAGUGUGAAAAGACAGGGAAUUGGUCUUCAAAGCCAGUUUGCAGAGCGUCAUGCAUCAUCAGUGUAAAGAAAGCUCGCAUCUUUUACAAUGGGAAAAAGAUAUGGCUUGAUGACUUGCCAGAGAGGAGAGUCCAGCAUACUGACAUGGUGGCGUUCUAUUGCAAAGAUAAGGACAGGGAUUGUGGCUACCCAUCUUUAACCCAGUGUGUGGAUGGCAAUCUCAUAAUUCCAUCCUGUUUCAAAGAACCUAGUGGUUACACAUAUAAAUUGAAUUAUUGGAACCUGCCAUCGGAAAUAAAACAGUGCUGAAGCAACAAAAUCUGAUGACUAAAGAAAACAGCUGCCACUCAACUUUUAACUGCUGUUUACACCAAUCAUGGCAGAUUCCUUCAAAUAAAAUAUAUUGUAAUCUU